CAUAGUGACUUCCGGUACUCAAGGUUACUGUUUUGGCUUGAGUCGACAGUGGAAAGAACAUGACAGGGAUGAGCCUGAUGAGGCCUGCUGUAAAGCAGUGCCUUCUUUCGCUUCAGCGUAAUGGCACGGUUCCUUUGCAAAAGCAAAUGCAGCUUAUGGGACAGAUUUCUGUGCGUAAUGGAGGGCAUGAGAAGAAAAUGCUCAUCCAGCCAACUAGGUUUGAGUGGACAAGAUUCAAGAAUGAUCUGCAUUUCUACCUUAUGCUGGGUCUGGCGCCCAUGGUUGCUUUCAUUACCUACGCCAACAUCUUCAUCGGCCCAGCACAAUUGGCCGACAUCCCUGAGGGCUAUGAACCCAAAGAAUGGGAGUACUACCAGGGCCCGAUCAAGCGAUGGUUUGCCAAGUACGUGUAUGAGACUCCACAGAAGGAAUACGAGCGCACCCUUCAUUUCUUGCAUGAAAAGAGAGAGGAGAGAUAUUGGAAUCUGCUGGACAAGAAAGUGAAGAGCCUGAUGUCUGACCGGCUGGACUACCGCGGCUGGUACUGGGUGGAUGUAGACAAGAGCAUCAAGGACGAUGAGAAGGCCUUCGAAGAGAGCAACACCAGAAUAGCUGGCUCAAGAUAGAGCAACAUAACAAUUAUCUCUCCUUAUUAGUUGGGUCUGGGCUGGGGUUGAGAGGGGGUCUUAUAUUGUACUACUAAGUCUCAUGAAAUUACUUCUGAUUAUGGUUUGAAUCACCUUUUGCCAUAUAUGGGAAAUGAAAGUUGUGAGAUUAGAAAUAUGAACAUUUUACAGAAUAAAAGUGGAUGAGGUUGAAAUGAAAAUUAGAGUUCUUUUUCUGUGAGACUUAUCCUUUUGCUUCCAUGUGACAUAGAUUGGUUACUGUAAAGUCUUGACUAAGGACAGACACGUAGUUGUGCUACUAGUGCUAGGUCUAUACAGACAAUGUCUAAUCUCCUUCAGAAGCUUCUGCUGCUGGAUAACUUGGUCUGUCUAUAAAGUCGAUUCUUUCUUGAAGCUUGAAGGUGAGCUGCAGUUUGAAAACUUUUGUUCUGGUACGCAUGUUUUCUCUGUCAAAGUAUGAGCGUUGUGUUUUGUGGUUGGUUUGUACAGGUUUUUCAUUGUGAUGUCACAGAUUGCACUGAUGUUUGUUCUUUGGAUUUGACCUGAGUCAAAAAUGGAAUAAAAACAAAGUACUUUUCA